UUUCCCGUUUUCCAAGUAUUCCAUCUCCUUGACACGGUUUUCGGUUCCGUUCCUUCCCUUCCCUUGCCUUGCCUUGCCUUCCCUCGUUUUCUUCCUUUCGUUUCUCUCUUCUCCUCUCCUCAACAUCCCUUUACCGAUCGCCGUCGUUGAGUGGCGGCGGUCAUAGCCUCGGCCCAGGGAUUUCCUUGCUUUGUUUCAAAGAAAGACCGCGAAUUUGGUCACCGUAGCGCCGGUGACUUGCCUUGGGGGAUAAGGCUCGGAUCUCAUCGUGAUUUGGGCGUGAGAGAGUAAUGUGGGAUUGAUUCCUGGUGCGGACACCGGUUUCGCGGUCCCUUGCUUAGGGGGUUGCGUUCUAGGGCUCUUUUGGCUGGUGCGGCGUCGGUUUUUUGUAGCCUUUCUAGUUUCGGUACUUGAUUCGGUGGAUUGCGGAGGAGGAUUGUUUGGCCGGAUCGGCAUGAAAUGGUGGAAGGUAGGUCAUUUUUAUACGGAGAAAAUAAAAGUGGUUUAGAACUUUUGAAGCGCAAGAGGCUUGAACGGAUGAAGUUGAGUGUUUUUUCUCAAACAACUAAUGUCGCAAAUACAAUGUCUAGAAGUGGUGGAGAUGCUACCAAAGCUUCUGCAUCAUGUAUAGAUAGAACAUAUGGAAAUGCAAAUGCUUUCUUACAUGGCAAUGGUUCCUCAAAAGAUGCCUUUUCAAAGCACAUAUUAGAAAACUUUGAUAUGUCUAACAUGGAGUGGAUAGAUAAGAUUCCAGAAUGCCCUGUUUUCUUCCCAACAAAGGAUGAAUUUGAUGAUCCAUUAAUUUAUCUCCAGAAGAUUGCACCUGCAGCUUCAAAAUAUGGCAUAUGCAAGAUAGUCUCUCCUAUUUGUGCUUCUGUACCUGCUGGUGUGGUAUUGAUGAAGGAGCAAAAUGGAUUCAAGUUUACUACUCGUGUGCAGCCUUUUCGUCUAUCUGAGUGGAGUGCUGAUGAUAAAGUUACCUUCUUUAUGAGUGGAAGGAAGUAUACAUUUCGUGAUUUUGAGAAGAUGGCAAACAAAGAGUUUGCUCGAAGAUAUUCCAGUGCUGGAUGUCUCCCUGCUAAGUAUGUUGAAGAACAGUUCUGGCAGGAAAUUGCUUUUGGCAAGACUGAGUUGGUUGAAUAUGCCUGUGACAUUGAUGGCAGCGCCUUCUCAUCUUCUCCUAAUGAUCAACUGGGUAAAAGUAAAUGGAACUUAAAGAGGCUUUCCCGCCUACCCAAGUCUGUGUUGCGGCAUUUGCAGUCCUCUAUUCCUGGAGUAACAGAUCCCAUGCUUUACAUUGGGAUGCUUUUUAGUAUGUUCGCUUGGCAUGUUGAAGAUCACUUCUUAUAUAGCAUCAACUAUCAUCAUUGUGGAGCAGCUAAAACUUGGUAUGGAAUCCCUGGUCAUGCAGCACUUGAAUUUGAAAAGGUGGCUCAGGAAUAUGUUUAUAAACGUGAAAUUUUUUCAACCGAAGGAGAUGAUGCAGCAUUUGAUGUGCUUUUGGGAAAAACUACCAUGUUCCCUCCAAAUAUUUUGUUAGACCAUCAUGUUCCUGUUUAUAAAGCUGUUCAAAAUCCCGGCGAGUUUAUAAUUACAUUUCCUCGAGCUUAUCAUGCAGGAUUCAGUCAUGGUUUUAAUUGUGGUGAAGCUGUCAAUUUCGCUAUUGGUGAUUGGUUUUCUUUGGGUAUUGUUGCUAGCCAACGGUAUGCACUUCUUAAUAGGAUGCCUUUAUUAUCCUAUGAGGAACUACUAUGCAAGGAAGCCAUGCUCCUUUUUAAGAGCUUAACAGAGUUGUAUGCCAAAAAACCCGUCUCUGGUAAUAAUGAACUGCUUUCCCAGCAUCAUUUGAAGGUUUCAUUUGUGAACUUGAUGAGAUUCCAACAUUAUGCACGUUGGCGGCUCAUGAAGUUGGGAGCUCGGGCUUCUUAUUAUUCAAAUUUUCCAGAAAUGAUACUUUGCAGCAUCUGCAAACGUGAUUGCUAUGUAGUUUACGUUACGUGCAAUUGCAACACUGGUCCAAUCUGUCUUCAUCAUGAAAGUUGCAUAAAAAACUGUAAUUGUGGCUCCAGUCGUACCGUGGUUUCAAGGGCAGAUCUUUUAGAAAUGGAGGCUGUAGCAAAGAAGUUUGAGCAAGAUGGGAUAACAGAGGAGGUGGGAAAGCAAUUAGAGGAAAGUUAUCGCUUUUCUUUACAUCCAAAUGCUUUGCUUUGCUCGGAUGAGGCUGGUUAUUUUCCAUAUUGUCAAAUAAGAUUUGAGGAAGGUAUCGAACAUGAAGCUGCACAAGAAUGUCAACCUCAUUCAAGAUCAACUUUUUCUUCAACAAAAGAGUGUCUUGCGCUGAGUCCUGAUUGUGCAACUUCCGAUAGAAUGAAAGUUUUUCACAAAAGUUCCCAGAGUGUGUCAACUUGUGUCUAUAAUUCUGCUGAAUCAACUGCAUCUGAAAUUUCUAUAGAGGGAUGUGAAGGUAGCUCUGGAAAUUCAGUUGUUCAUGAUGUUGAUGAUUCAGACUCUGAAAUAUUCAGGGUAAAGCGGAGGUGUGCUAUGAUUGCAGUGGAAAGAAGUAGAGCAGACUCGAGGUUUUCUAAAAUACAGGCAUUCAAACGUUUGAAGAAGCACAAUUUGGAGGUAUCAAAAGUACUUCCUGCUCGAAGAUCUAUUGUUGAUAGAGUCGAUCCAACACCACUGAGGAUGAGACAUCCCCCUUCUGUUUCUAAACUGGACGUUAAGUUGAAGAAGCAUAAAGAGGAGCAGCUUAAGUUCUACUCUUCCGUUUCAAAUAAACAACCAACCUCCGUUGAGCCCCGUCCAAAGAGUCUAGAAGUUAGAGGCCCUUCUGUCUCCAGUGGUGUUGUUGAGCAGAGCAGUUCCUGCUGUAGAUUUCCAGAGAGCAAAGAAAAAGCCAGAAGAAAUUUUCCUCAGAGCUUGUACUGGCAGUGAUGGUUGCUAACAACAGAUUUUAUUCUUGGCUCUAACUAUAGGAAGUGGAUUUUCUAGGUCAGAUUUGAUUCACUUAAUUGAUUCUUUGUGCAGGCCUCAAAUUGGUGAGCCGGCACGGCCUGAUUCUUAGAUUUUAUCUAAGAUGUUACUCUUGUUGUUUUUUUUACAAUGGCUCUGUGGGGCAGGGGACCUAAACCUUGAAGGGUUGAUUCUAAGGGUAGUUUUUACUGUAUACUUUGUUGAUAUUGAUCAAUUGUAGAUUGGUCAGCCCUGCCUCAAAUGCCAGUUAACCAUUACACGCUAAUUCCUUUCAUUCUUUUGUAAGGCUAGCUAUAUCCAUUGGCAUAUAAAUACCUGAUCUUUCUGCUUUUUUA